UAUCCCUACGUCCAUGUACGUCCAUCUUGUUGUAGUUCUUUCUUUCAGUCUCCAAUUUUUAAUUUAAUUACAAUACAAUCUUUUUGGAGUUAGAUGGUACAGACGUGUGUGUUAAUUAAACCAAUAACACUAUGGGGCUUUCUUUGGAAGUUUAGCUGUAUAUUGCACAUAAACAUUAACCUACUGGAAUUCUCGUAACAGUUGGUGGUAAGAAGAAAGUGAAGAAGAAGAAGGCUUUGCUUACAUUUGUAUUAAAGUUUAUGACCGUUUUAUGGUCAUAAACUAUCAAGUGUAGUGCAUCAAAAUGGAACUGCCGGACUGCCCACCUGGAGCAGAAGGUUAUGAAGAUUCUGUUAUUGAAGUUGCCAAGAAACCAGCCUCAGAUGAUGCAGCUGGUACUAAGGCGGAGCAAGAGUUUCUGGAACAUCUGAACAGCUUGAAGAUCAAGGUCGAGCAUGGGGAAGCGCGGCCGAUGGUUGAGAGGCGUGGGCGCGACGUGUCUGGCAAAUGGAUCUACCUGUGCUACCCCUGCGCGGCUGUCUGCAGCGGGGAGAGCAUCCUGCAGACUCAUAUAUCUGGGAAGAAGCACAAGAUCAAGCUGUCGAUGAAGAAUGUUUGGCCUCAAAGUAUUUUCGAUGAACAUCCAUAUGUGAUGAGUGAAAAAGGCACAAGCAAGGAAAAAAGUGGAGCCACAGAAAAGGUUCUACAGAAAAUGGCCGAAGAAGUGAACUAUCACAACAACCCGUCGGAUUUGGAGAACAAAUACAACAAGUACAAGAACGUGCGUUGUCAUAUUCAGGACUCGCUCGACGCGUGCCAUACGCCGCUAAUAGGCGUGGAAUACCUCGUGGAGCACCCGCCGGAAGAGGCGCACUACGAGCCCUCGUACAUCUGCACGCUGUGCUACAAACAGGGCCAUCCGCGCACCAUCAUCAACCACAUGACCUGCUUCUGGCACCGGUUCAACUACAUCAGCCGGCACUUCCUCAAGGCGAGCGUAUUGUUGGCGCCGUAUAAAAACCUGCAGAAGUACCGUGAAGGCGUCGGCAUCAUUAUGAACCGUAUCGCCCAGAGAAUAGAGGACAAGUACGGCCGUCUCGCACCCGUCAAUAUCGACAAGGAGGAAUACGAGAAGGAAAAAGAACGCAUACACCAAUGGUUAUCCAAAAGUCCUCAUUUCACUGAGAAAGAAGGCUGUACUAUGGAAGAGAUUGUCGAUACCGACCUGAUAGAGUCGUUAAAUAAAUCCACUGAGGUCAAACAGGAUGUACCCAAGAGCAAAUAUGAUAAGAGAGAUCCCUCUCCUCCCAAAGUUGCGGCGCCUACGAAACCUUUGUUUAAUAGUUACACUCGUUCCGCUGGACGGCAGGAGAGACGCGCUGGCUCGCCGUUGUCUGAUAUCAGCGACGAAAUGGAACAGCGUCGCGAUCUACGCCCCUACAACAGGAACACAAACUUACACCAAAGUCGUUACGAACCAUAUCGUGACAAGCGGCACGAGAGCCCUACUCGCAUGCGCUAUACCAAGAAGAAUGGCAGACAAACAACCGAGGAAAAGCAAAAAGCUCCAAACUACGAUUACAAGGUGAAACUAGCUGAGGAGAAGCGUCAGAGCGCAGUGGAGGCGGCCAAGAAGACACUCGCUUACCAUGAGAAGAACCCGGAGAAGCAUCCCCUCUACCCCGAGGAGUGGAAGAAAUUCUGGAACCGACGAUAUAAGGAAAUUCAGGCCGAGGGUAAAGAUCCUUCGAAGCACGACUUCAAACCGGAAUGGAUAUUGUUUUGGACGGCGCGCAUGAAGGAACUACACGAGGAAGAACUAAAGGUGCACGUAAGCGAGAUAUAUCGCAAGAUGUGUCUCACGCCGCCUGAACUGAAGCGAGACGAUGAGCCCAAACCUGGCCCUCAAGAUUCUAAGAACGCAAACCCAAUGGAAAGACGAAGAUCGCCCGAACCCAGACGGUGGUCACCUGAUCCCAGACGGAGGUCACCCGACCCCAGACGGAGGUCACCCGAUCCCAGACGGAGGUCACCCGAUCCCAGACGGAGGUCACCCGAUCCCAGAAGGAGGUCACCCGACCCCAGACGAAGGUCACCUGACCCUAGGCAUCCUGACUUACGUUUCCCCAGGCAAAGGUCGCCCGACCCCAGAAGAAGGUCUCCUGACCCUAGACGACACUCGCCCCCGGAUCAUAGAAAGCUGCCCAUACCGAGGAGACCUUUAAAUGAUCGCUAUAGAAUAGACAGACGGGAAAAUAGAUCUCCCCCUCGUCCGAGGUCGAACGAACGCGUCAUCGUACCGCCCAGUCGCUCACAUACCAGUCGUCCUCGUUCGCGUAGCCCUAUACCACGCCCCCGCGAGUCGCGAGGCAGCGGCAGCCCCUUGUCCCGGCGCGCGGCGGUCGAACCGCUCCGCAACCGCAGCCGCUCGCCGCAGCAGCGGGCCGCCAACGCUGCUGGACCAGUCGCGCCUUCCAUGCAGACCGUGCUCAUAUCCGACGAUGAACUCAAACCCGACGACCUCUCACCGUGGAAUUCGGACAACGACAUGGACUCGAUCCUUUCAAUGCCCGACGUGCGGUCACCGACGCGAUUAUCGCGCGCCGGCAGCGAAAUGUCCCGCGCGUCGCGUCCCAGGCGCGAGUACUCGCGGAUCGCGCAGCCCGAUGACCUGGGGCCCGCGGAGAACGUGAUAGCCACCCUCAGGCUGCUGGUCGCCUUAGAAGACUACCUGGGCAGCGUCGGGCCCAAGAUGGUGGAGCUGCUCACUGAAGCGCUACGCAUGGAGAAGGAGAAAGGCAAUUCAUCCGAGGAGUUGCUCGACCGCGACACUGCCGUCGUUCUAAUGGAGACUGCCAAGGAGAAGCUUAAAGGCGCCGUACAAGCCGGACUUGUACCAAGCAGUGCGGCCGGGGCCGUUCGAUCCGCCGUCGUUAGGACUGCGGCCACUCUGCACGCGGCCGAUACCCGCGCGAGAGAACGGGCUAAGCAGAAGGCUGACAACCCGAAAGCCGAAGAGAAGGCUUUACCAGUCGCGGGCGUCGGCGAAGUGGACCGCGCUCAGAUCGCUCAGCAAAUGGCGGCCGCGCUCAUAGCUCAAGGGAAGACGGACGUUUCAUCCGAAGAGUUGGCUCAAUUAGUGGACGCAGUGGUCGGAAUGGCGGAGGCUAAGAAGCGAGAGAGUGAAGUGAAGAAGGUGGAAGUUAAGAAGCCUGCGCAGGUGAAGGCAGCGCCUCAGGCGAACAGUUCGGCUUCCGCGCUGCAGCUGCUGCAGUCGGCGUACGAUGAGAACGAAAAAAAAGCGGACAAAGAGGAGAUCGCCGAUGCAAUGGACGGCUUGUCCGACUCCGAUUUGGAGACUUUAUUGAAGAACUUCAACGAGCUCUCUGCUGAGGAGCAACACAGUUUGAUAGCGUAUUUGAAGAAGCUCGAGGCUAAAGAGCCCGAGAGAGUGGAAAGGUUACGUCAGUACGUUAGCUCGGCAGAUAACGCCGCUCCGCCCGUAACUAUCGAUGUGGAGAAACCUGUUGUUGUUGCUGUGGAUCCCAAACCCGUUACUGUUGAGAGCGAUGACGACGAUUAUACUGUUGAAGAGGUAUUCCAAUCGGCCACUCAAAAAGUGAAAGAAGAUCAGAUACGUCAAGAAAUGGAAAUAGUUAAGAAGUCCCUCGAGGAGACCAAACCUAUGACGGUCCCCACGGAAACUAAGCCAACGCCAUCUAUCGAUUUGACGCGCAACUUGUCGUCUGCUACAGAUCUCUUGGCUUUGGUCCAGGCGUCGAUUCAGUCCACCGCAAAGGCCGCUAAUACUACGACAGCUCAAUCGGCAGAAGUAGUCACUAGCAAUACGCAACCACGUUCUUUUGGCGAUUUACCAGAAGCACCAUUAGAGCCAGCUAAACCUCUCAUCAAUCCUGCUCCGAUGGUCCAACCACCCAGCUUUAACCAAGGCUUAUUACAAACACCACAAAACCAAGGAAAUCAAAACAAUCAAUAUGAUAACAAUAACAUGGGCGGUUGGAAUCAAAUUUCCCCACAAAGUGUUUCGGGUAAUAGAGAUUCUUACACGCAGGAUGGUGCUCCUCAAAAUUACGAUAAUAGGGGUGCUAUGAUGCAAGAUAAUAUGGGGAACUUUGCACCACAAAAUAGGGGGCCUAUGGUACAGAACGUUAGAGGACCCUUACUGCAGGACAACAGGGGUCCUCCCUUGCAAGACAACAGAGGACCAUAUCAACAGAAUGUCAGGGCUCCAUUUCAACAGGAUAAUAGAGGUCCAAUUCAACAGGAUGGUAGAGGUCAAUUCCAACAGGAUAGUAGAGGACAGUUCCAACAGGAUAGUAGAGGACAGUUCCAACAGGAUAGUAGAGGACAAUUCCAACAGGGUAACAGAGGUCCAAUGCAGCAGAAUAGUGGUGGACCUUUCCAACAGGGCAACAGGGGACCAUUCCAACAGGACAACAGACCAUUCCAACGGGAUAACAGUUCUUUUCAACAAGAGAACAGUGGCCAACAGCAAGGAAACAGUGGCACAUAUAUGCAAGACAAUAAUAGAGGCAUGCAAACUAACAGACAAUUUCCUAUGCAAAAUAAUAGAGGUCCUAAUAAUGUGCAGGAAAAUAGAGGUCCUCUUAUACAGAACCCUCCAAACCAACCUGUUAUGCAAAGUAAUCAGCAACCUUUCGGGCAAGGCAUGCAGGAUAACCGUGGAGGACCAUAUAUGGGGUCCCAAAGAGGCAGCUUUGACAAUAAUACUGGACAGGAUUCGUACAAUCAAGGGCCUCGACCUAACUUCGCGAAUAACAGACCCCAAAAUAAUAACAAUUUCGAUAAUAGACAACCCAACCAACAACAGUUUGGUAACUAUGACCCUCAGAAGAACUUUAGAGGCAGAGGCGGUGGUAGGGGUCAAAGAGGGCGUGGCAGGGGUUUUUAUAAAUAAGGAUAUCUCUUGAUUUACAAAUGAAUUCCUAAGGUAUUAUUUAAUUAAAGUUAUUUUACUAUACAAAAAGCACAGUAGGUGCGUGCAAUUGCAAUGUGUUUUACAUUAAAGUAUGAAUAAAUAUUUCAUGUAUUUAU